AUGGAUUUAUUGGAUAGAAUCGAUUACGAGGAUAAACAAUUACUGAAGAGAAGUUGGGCCAUACUUGAGAAGCACAUCAACGAUACCGCAUACUGUAUAUUUGAAAUGAUAUUCAAUCAAAGUCCAGACACUAAACAGCUCUUUCCAUUCAUGAAGAUAAAAGCAGCUGGUGAUUCGAAACGUUCGCGUGAAAUGGAAUUUCAUGCCUUAAGAUUCAUGCAGGUACUGGAAUCCGUUGUGAAAACUUUGGACAACCCGUCCAGUCUUGAUCCAUUAUGCGAUAAUCUCGGCCGUGUACAUGGACGUCUCGCCGAAUCUCGUGGAUUCAAAGCUCAUCACUGGGGUGUUUUCAUCGAAUGCACAUUGUUUCAUUUUCGACGAGUCUUAAGCGGGGUAGAUCAUCACUUCAACGCUCUUUCAGUCCUGGACAGAAGUGUAAUUGUUUGGCGUACGGUGUUGCGGAUAUUAAUCAAACGAAUGAAGGUGAAACCUUCUGAAUUACCUUUUGUUUAUUUUUGCAUUAUCCACUGA